AUGAGUGGGAGAUAUGAUGGUAUGAUGGCUGGUGAGAAUGUAGCCAGGCCCAGUGUGAGGUCGCACGCGUCUUUGGGGUUAGCCGGCGUGUUGACAGACCCCGUACGUGGCGGGCGUGUUGACAGACCCCGUACGUGGACGGGUGCGUCCCGACGUAUGAUGUGGGAGAUUGAUUGUGUGAGGGCUGGUGAGAAUGUAGCCAGGCCCAGUGUGAGGUCGCACGCGUCUGGGUUAGCCGGCAUGUUGACAGACCCCGUACGUGGCCGGGUAGUCCCGACGUAUGAGUGGGAGAUAUGA